UUGAAAUUCUUGAAGAUUAAAAAGUGUUUUAGAAGAAUAUGCAACUGAAAAUAUUUGUGAAUGUCAAAAUGUGUUAAUUUACAAUGCACUGCCAUCAGCAUAAAAUUGCCAUUUCAAAGUUGGAAAUUUAAAAAUAUUAAUGAACCAUAAUUACAUCCCAAUCAAAUGAUAUUUCGUGAAUAUAUCUGAGCCCCAAUGUAUUCGAAUUAGAGCUAAGCCUUAUACAAUAUCUCUUACCGGAAUAACCUUCAGAAAAUAAACUCACUUCAAAGAUGUCAAGUUUUUAUCAACAUUUAUAAGCUGCCAUAAUAUUCCGAUGAUAUUUACUCAAUAAGAAACAUAAAAAAAAACGACAACGAAUUUUUUUAUUGCAUUUAUUUUACCAAUCAAAAAUACAAGAAAGAAAUUAAAAAUUCUGUCACCAUUAUUGUUGCUUAACAUCAUUAAAGACAGUCUUCGUCCUUUCUCCUUGCACCAUCAUCAUCGUCGCCACCACCAUCAAGAUGUUGUUCAACAGUGCGGUAUUGCUUUUAUGCGCCAUUUUAUUACUACAAGAUUUCUCACACAGUCUGCGUUUGGUUGAAGUACGUAUACCCAACUACGUGGUUAAGGGCUCCACAGCACAACUAGAGUGCGAGUACGCUUUGGAUGGCGAAUCAUUGUAUUCAGUUAAAUGGUAUAAGGAUGGCAAUGAAUUCUAUCGAUAUGUUCCCAGAGAUAUGCCGCCAGCUCAGACAUUUCUGCUGCCAGGAGUUUCAGUGGAUGUUCAUAAUUCAACUGAUAUACGAGUGGUCUUACGCGAAGUAAAUUUGCAAUCGGCAGGGCGAUUUCGUUGUGAGGUGUCUGGAGAAGCGCCUUCAUUUCAAACCGUUACCGAACAUGGCGAUAUGGUUGUUGUGUCUCUACCCGAUCAAGGUGCACCAAAAAUUACUGGUGGCCGACCACGCUAUCAAAUUGGCGAUACUGUGCGCAUUAACUGUACUGCUGGUCGUUCAAAACCUGCCGUCCAAUUGUCCUGGUUUAUCAAUGGAGAAGCCGCGGAGCCCCAUCAAGUUCGAAGAUACGACACUAUAAUAUCGGGUCGAGAUGGCUUGGAGACAUCCGUGCUGGGUUUACAGUUUCGCGUUGAUCAACAUCAUUUCCGCAAUGGCGAUAUGAAAUUAAAGUGUGUUGCAUCAUUGUCAACAUUCUAUUGGCGAAGCAACGAGGAGUCUGUUGAAGGCGAUCGCCCACAAAAGGCGCCCGUCUUAGAAUCCCGUGAAACAGUGUACGCCAGUAAUUCACGCGCUGACCCCGUCCAAGGUAUGUCAUUGCGGGAAAGUUUUGUUACCAAAAUUUUAUCGUUUUUCAUUCAACCAAAUGCAGCCAAUAAAACGGACUCAGCAUUGACAACCAUAAAGCCAGCAACGCUAUUAUUGCUGAUAGUCAUGGCUCUACUAACAUCAAGUGGUUGCUUCGAACAACUCCACUUCAAUGGAGUCGUAAUGAAAACGAAACCCAACGGCAGCAGAAAAAACUCAACUCAACUGCCGGAAAUAGCUAACAAAUCAAGUUAUGACAUUCAAGAUAGCAAAAUAAAAGACGAACGAAAGGAAGCUAAAAACGAAGAUGUCGGCAAGGAUGAGCACAAGGAUGUCGUAGACAACAAUUGCAACUCCCUGAAAGUUGGAGGCAAACAGCAAAACAGCAGACUGCCAAGGAGACAAGUUGACAGAACUUUAUCAAACGAAAUGCAUUCUAAUAAGGAAACAUCAUGUCUGCCAAUAAUCUUGACAGAACCAACAGCCACAACUUCCAUCCUCCUUCAGCACACACUUAAUGUGACAACAUCCGUUUCCCUUGAAAAAAUGUUAGCGGUCUCAUGCUGUGCCCAAGAGACUAGCCCGACAUUGUCAUCGUCUUUGUAUGCCUCACCAUCAUUAUCAUCAUCAUCGUCAGCUCCACGACCAACCGUAAGCUUAGCAUCAAGGUAGCUAUUUAAUUAAAUUGAAUACUACUAAACUUCCAAUGCAAGAAUCAGCAGUAGCAAUGGCACAAUUUUUUGUUCGCUAUUUCUAAUUUAAUGUUAGAAAACAUUUGCUCCUGAUGGGAAGUAAUUCACAUUCAAUGGCAUAAAGCAAAAGUUUAGAAUUUAGUUUUUAGUUCCUUAUCAGUCUCGUGUAUUUAUAAUUUCAAGCAAAAGAAUCUGAAAAAGUAAAAAAAAAAAAACAAAAAUCGUACCAAAAAAAAAAUAUGUAUGCAUAUAAAAAUGGAUGGGAAAAACUUUUUUAUUUCCAUGCAUGCAACUUAAGUUUCAAUAAAAUUCAGAAACAAAUGUACAUAGAAUUUGUUAAAUUUUAAGAGUUUUAAAAUCACACCCCCUUCCCUAAGAGAAAAAAUUGCCAUAUUGAAAAUAUAGAGUUAAGCAGUGGGUAAAGAAAAAAAAACCUAAAAUUUACACAACUGAAAAUUUAAAUUAAAUCAAAACGGAAAACAUGUUGUACUCUAAGCCAUAAAUCCUUUAUGUGUAUUUGUGUGAGUGGUCCAUGGAAUUGGAUCUACUAUUUGUUUUUUGUCUCUCUAUCUCUGAAAAAAAAACACAAAACAAAACAAAACCAUCUUCAAAAUAUAGCGUUUAAGUUAACUUAGGUAGUCUAAAUAAUCAAAAUCAAUUUUUACAACUGUAAUAAGAACAAAAUGACGCAACGUCAUGCAAAACUUUGCCAGAAGAAAAAAAAAUUGUGUAACGUUUGUUUAGUUUUGAAUUAAUAUAUCGUGUACUAUGCCUGAAAAUUUUAGAAUGCCUUUAAAGUUACUUUGGAAACAAAAUGGAAUGAUAUAGGAGUAGAUCGGUAAAGAACCCAGCUCAUAUAAGGCGCCAUAACAUGGUAUGGUCGCAGGGACACCUCAACAUACACCUCAACAUACACCUCAACAUACACCUCAACAUACACCUCAACAUACACCUCAAUAUACACCUCAACAUACACCUCAACAUACACCUCAACAUACACCUCAAAAUAUGCGUCUGAGACAAAAAUAUGCGAUCUAGCCAUGUCCGUCCGUCCGUCUGUCUGUCGAAAUCACGCUAACUUUCGAAGGAGUAAAGCUAGCCGCCUGAAAUUUUGCACAAAUACUUGUUAUUAGUGUAGAUCGGUUGGUAUUUUAAAUGGACCAAAUCGGUCCAUGCUUUGAUAUAGCUGCCAUAUAGACCGAUAUAGGGUUUUGACUUCUUGAGCCUCUAGAGGGCGCAAUUCUCCGAUUUGACUGAAAUUUUGCAGGUGGUGUUUUGGUAUCACUUCCAACAACUGCACUUUGCAUGGUUCAAAUCGGUCAAUGUUUUGAUAUAGCUGUCAUAUAUACCGAUCUUGGGUCUUGACAUCUUCAGCCUCUAGGGGGCGCAAUUCUCGCCCGAGUUAACUGAACGUAGUGUUUUGGUAUCACUUCCAAAAACUGUGCUAAGUAUGAUUAAAAUCGGUUCAUAAUCUGGUAUAGCUGCCAUUUAAACCGAACUUGAAUGUUGAAUUCUUGAGCCAAUAGAUCGCGCAAUCCGAUUUGGCUGAAAUUUUGUAUGGGGUGUUUUGUUUUAACUUCCAAUAACUGUGCUGAGUAUGGCGUAAAUCGGUAUAGAACCUGAUAUAGCUGCCAUAUAAAUCGAUAUGGGAUCUUGAUCACACUUCCAACAACUGUGUUAAGUAUGAUUAAAAUCCGUUCAUAAUCUGGUACAGCUGCCAUAUAAACCGACCUGGGAUCUUGACUUCUUGAGCCAAUAGAGCGAGCAAUUCUCAUCCGAUUUGACUGAAAUUUUGCAUGAUGUGUUUUGUUAUAACUUCCAAUAACUGUGCUGAGUAUGGCGUAAAUCGGUAUAGAACCUGAUAUAGCUGCCAUAUAAAUCGAUAUGGGAUCUUGACUUCUUGAGCCACUAGAGGGCACAAUUCUCAUCCGCUUUAUAGAACGGCUUCUCUCAUGACCUUCAACAUACGUCUCUAAUAUGGUCUGAAUUGAUCAAUAGCUUGAUACAGCUCCCAUAUAAACCUAUCUUCCGAUUUAGCUUCGUGAGCCCCUACAAGGCGUAAUUCAUAUCCGAGUGAACUGAAAUAUUACACAAUGCAUUCAUUUGUGGUCCGAAUCGGACUUCAACUUGAUAUAGCUCCAAUAGCAUAACAGAUCUUAUUCAAUAUUCUUUGUUUGCCUAAAAAGAGAUACCGAGCAUAGAACUCGAUAAAUGCCAUCCAUAAUGGAGGGUAUAUAAGAUUCGACCCGGCCGAAUUUGGCACGCUCUUACUUGUUUUAAAUCGAAUUUUAUUGCAAAUGCAAAUUUGCCCAUGAACAUUCCAUUAGGGAAUUGGGGCAAAAACUUCUCACAUAUCAAUGAGUGCAGUCCGAUUUAAUUUGAAGCUCAAUGAUAAGGGACCUCCUUGUUAUAGCCGAGUCCGAACGGCGUGACGCAGUACAACACCUCUUUGUGGAGAAGUUUUUACAUGGCUGCCAUACCAAAUGGUACAGAACCUCCCAAAUGUCGCCAGCAUAAGGAGAGGAUAAUCACCGCUGAAAGUGUUCAUGAUGUUCUCGCCAGUAUUCGAACGCAAGUGUUCAGCUUCAUAGGCGGACAUGGUAACCUCUGCAUAACAAUGGCUUGAGACUUUUGUUGCUGUGCAAUAAUGCUUAUUGAGUUAUUUCAUCAGGAAUAAAGGGAUGUCGAUAGGCUAGAGCAAGACUACCGAACAUGAAAACAUGAGUUCAAAUCAUGCGUAGAGAGAGUGACAGAGAAAAAAAAAGAGAGAGCAAAGGAGAGAACGAACGAGGCAAGCAGCACGGGCCCAACAAAAGAAAGUACAAAACUCCACCACGCCAAAGCUAGAGUAGCAAAUUCACAUAUGAUGGAUGGUUGGUUAAAUUGUUUUUUGUUUUGCUUAUGGACAUACUGUUGCUAUAUUUUGGCUUAAACAUAGUCCCUUUCAAUAAUAAAUUUGUACUUUGGGUCGUUGAAAUUCAAAAUAAUUUGUUGCAGGAAAAUUAACAAAUUUCGUCGUCGUUUUUUAACAAAAGUUGUUGUUUUAAAAAUUUUUUUUUUUUUUGUGUGUACAAGAGUACAAAAUAAAAUCAUAGAUUUUGAGAGCCAAAUGCUGAUACAUGGCAUCUUACUGCUUCAAAUUUUAGAAAAAAAAGGCGUAAGCUCUGAUAUUGACAGUAAGUGGUACGAGUGUAAAAGGAUCUCUUUCAAAUUUUGUAAAUUCUAGGUAAGAAAUGCGGCUUUUGUGCGUUCAAAUUUCACCUGUUCAAUGCCUUCAAUCGAAAAAUAGGGCAAUAUGGCAGCUGAAUACAAAUAUGUUCGGAUCUAGUACAUACUCAGAUGUUGAAGGGUGUAUGAAACUUACAGUAACGGCGAAAAUGGUUAGUAAAAGCUUAUUUCGGGGAACAAACUCUUAAAUCGGGAGAUCGAUUCAUCUAAAUUCGCCACCGAUGUUCAUUGAAAUCAACGUAAUAAUUUAAACGACUUUUAUAAACUCAAAAUGUCUUAUCAGGAGAUUGGUAUAAAUGGUGCUAUUGUAUAUUAAGAUAUAGACCAUCUUUGAACCUAAAGUUCAAUAGAGAGAUUUUAAUAAUCGACAAUGUAAUGUGUAAACUUUGAAAGUUUGAAAAUGUAUAAUUUGAUGUGUUGCAAAAGGAAUAGCUAAAUAGCCAACUUUUAGGUGGUGUGUAUAGAAACAUAUACCGCAUUUUUGCCUUGUCGAACAUUUGGAAGGUUUUGGAAGGAUUUUUCUUAAAGUUUGGUAGGAAAUUAAUUUCUUGAGUGGCAGCACUGGUCAUAAGCCGAUUGAAUUUCUUCAAAAUAAAAUUAAAAACUGAAAUUUUUUGGUGGUAUCCAAGUCUUGGUUCUUUAGAAUUUGGCACAUGAUCGAUUUCUUGUUGAAUAGCUUAUUAUGACCACCACUCUAUAAAACGUGGCCAUUAAAUUUCCCAUAUUGACUAAUAAGAACCCAUUCCCUGAUGUAGUCCUGAUACAUCCAUCGAUCCGCAAUAUAUCUCUUGAUGUUUUAUGUUUAGUUUUUGUUUGUUUAUCUUCUGCGCUCAUUCUAAAAUCUCUGACACCAAGUUUCGAGGUGUUUCCCACAACUUGAUCUUUCCAUCGGGCAUUUGGUCUUCCCGGGUUGUGUGUACCACCGUGUUUGCCUUCAAAAGACUUCUUUGCUGGAGCUUCUUCAUCCAUUCUGACAACAUGACCUAGCCAACGCAGCCGUUGUGUUUUGAUGCGUGUAACUAUGCUAUCGUCGUCAUACAGCUCUAACAGCUCGUGCUUCAUACGUCGCCUAUAUUCUCCAUUAACGCAAACUGAUCCAUAUAUUUGACGAAGAUUCUUUCUCUCAAUCACUCCAAGCACUGCCUCAUCUGCUUCCCAAGUACCCAUGCUUCAGAACCAUAUAACAGCACGGAUAGUAUCAGUGUCUUGUAUAGUGUAAUCUUCGUCUGUCGAGAGCUGGCCUUGUUUCUAAACUGCUUACAUAGUCCAAAGUAGCAUCUGUUUGACAGUAUUAUUCUUCGUUUAAUCUCAAAACUGGAGUCAUUCGUUUUGGUUACAGCUGUGCUGAGGUAGAUAAAGUUACUGACUGUCUCAAAGUUGUGGUUCCCAACUUUCUCCAUCCUCUUUUAUCUGCUGGGUUGUGCAAGGCUUCUUGGGAAUUAAAAACAUCCAUUUCAUUUUAUCUCCAUUUACUGCCAGACCCAUUUUCACUGACCCUCUUUUGAUUCUUUCAAAGGCUGCGGUUACUACUUCCGGUGACCGACCAUUGAUAUCGAUGUCGUCGGCAUAGGCGAGUAGCAUGUGGAUAUUAAAGAGAUCACACGAUAGGCUGUCUCCUUGUCUAAAACCUCGUUUGGUAUUAAAUGGUUCGGAGAGGUUCUUUCCUAUUCUUACUGAGGAACGCGUAUCAGCAAGUGACAUCCUGCAGAGUCUUAUUACUUUUGCAGGGAUACCAAACUCAGACAUGGCUUGAAAUACCUUUGAACGUAAAGGGCUAUCGAAUUCGGCUUUGUAGUCAACAAAGAGAUGGUAGGUGUUGAUUUGUCCUUCUUGGGUCUUUUCUAGGAUUUGGCGCAGUGUGAAUAUAUGGUCUAGGGGGGAUUUACCAGGUCUAAAGCUGCAUUGAUAGGGCCCAAUUAAUUUUAAUUUUUAACACAGUACGCUCGAGAGUAUCUUGUAUGUGUAGUUGGCACAUUCCGUCUUGUCUCCUUUCUCGUAUACGGGACAAAAUAUGUUGAGGUUCCAAUCAUCGGGUAUGCGUUCGUCUAGCUAGAUUGCGCAGAUAAGCUGUUGCAUACGCCUUAUCAGCGUUUCGCCUCCGGUCUUAAAUAGUUCAGCGGGUAUGUCCCAGUGAAUUUCAUAGAAAUCGGUUCAGAUUUAGUUAUAGCUCUCAUAUAUAUUUAUAUUGCCCGAUUUUUACUCAUAUAGCCACUGCAAGCGCAUUUAUUGACCAAUCUUCCCAAAACUUUGUACAACGCUUUCCUCGGCGACUAUUACAAUAUCUAUAAAGUUUUCUCGAAUUCGGUUCAGAUUCAGAUAUAGCUCCCAUAUAUAUGUUCGUCCGAUUUACAGUAACAAUGCAAUAAAAUGGUCUAUUAUUAACCGAUUUUCUCGACAUUGGGCAGGGAGAAUUUUCUUAUGUCUUUCGACAUUACUGGUUAAUUUCAUAGAAAUCGGUUCAGAUUUAGAUAUAGCUCCCAUAUAUACGUUCGUCCGAUUUGUAGUAAUAAUGCAAUAAAAAGGUCAUUUGUCAACCGAUUCUCUCGAAAUUUGGCAGGAAGAAUUUUGUUAUGACUUUCGAUAUUACCGGUUAAUUUCAUAGAAAUCGGUUUAGUGUUAGAUAUAACUGCCAUUCAUAUAUCGCCCGAUUUUCACUCCUAGAGCCACUAAAAGCGUAUUUAUUGACCAAUCUUCCCAAAAAUUUUGUACAACGCUAUCUUUGUCGACUUCCACAAUAUCUAUAAACUUCGGUCGAAAUCGGUUCAGAUUUAGAUAUAGCUCCCAUAUAUAUGUUCGUCCGAUUUGCAGUAAUAAUGCAAUAAAAUGGUCAUUUGUCAACCGAUUCUCUCGAAAUUUUGCAGAAAGAAUUUUCUUCUAACUCCUAAUGUUACCAUGAAAUUUCAUGGAAAUCGGUUAAGGGUUCAAUAUAGCUGCUAUACAUGUAUAUCGCCCGAUUUCCAUUCCUAGAACCACUACAAGCGCAUUAAUUGACCACUCUUGCCAAAAUUGUACACAACGUUUUCUUCGACGACUACCACGAUAUCUAUAAAGUUUUCUCGAAAUCGGUUCAGAUUAGCAUAUAGCUCCCAUAUUUAUGUUCGUCAGAUUUUGGAUAAUUUACGUUUGAUAAUACGUUUUGAACAUAUUUUUAUACCCACCAUCGUAGGAUAGGGGGUAUAUUCAUUUAGUCAUUCCAUUUGCAACACAUCGAAAUAUCAAUUUCCGACCCUACAAAGUAUAUAAAUAUAUGUCGGAUUGUCGUAAAAGUCUAAGAAGAUUUAACGAUGUCCGUGUGUCUGUCCGUCCGUCUGUUGUAAUCACUCUAGAGCCUUGAGAUAUUGAACUGAAGUUCGGCUCAGACACGUAUUUUUGAUGCACACUGGUUAAGUUCUUUAACGGGCCAAUCAAACCAUAUUUGGAUAUAGCUGCUAUAACGACCGAUUUUCCGAUAAAGGGUCUAUUGCCCAUAAAUGCUUUAUAUUUCAUCCGAUUUUGCUGAAAUUUGUAACAGUGAGUAGUUUUAGGCCUCCCGCCAUCUGACCCAAAUAUGGUUCAUACCGGACUAUAUUUAUAUAUAGCUGUCAUAUAGACCGAUCUGGCGAUAAAGGGUCUGAAGCCCAUAAAAGCUUUAUUUAUAACCCGAUUUCGCUGAAAUUUGAAACAGAGGGUUAUUUGAAGCAUCCUAAUAUCUGACCCAAAAUAUGGAUCAAAUCGGACUAUAUUUAGGUAUAUAUAUAGACCGAUCUCCCGAUUAAGGGUCUAAAGCCCAUAAAAGCUUUAUUUUUCAUCCGAUUUCGCUGAAAUUCGUAACAGUGAGUAGUUUUAGUCCUAACAUAGAACCCAAAUGUGGUUCAGUUCGGACUAUAUUUAGAUAUGGCUGCCAUAUAGACCGAUCUCCCGAUAAAGGGUCUAAAGCCCAUAAAAGUUUUAUUUUUUAACCGAUUUCGCUGAAAUUUAAAACAUUGAGUAGUUUAGUUCUAACAUAGGACCCAAAUGUGGUUCAGACUAUAUUUAGAUAUAGAUGCCAUAUAGACCGGAGGCCUCCGUAGCGCAGAGGUUAGCAUGUCCGCCUGUGACGCUAAACGCCUAGGUUCGAAUUCUGGUGAGACGAUCAGAAAAAAUUUUCAGCGGUGGUUUUCCCCUCAUAAUGCUGGCAACAUUUGUAAGGUACUUAAUGCCAUGUCAAACUUUUCUCCAAAGAUAAGUCGCACAGCGUCACGCCGUUCGGACUCGGCUAUAAAAAGGAGGUCCCUUAUCAUCGAGCUUAAAAAACUUGAUCCAGACUGCACUCAUUGAUAUGUCAGAAGUUUGCCCAAGUUUCUUAGUGGCAUGUUCAUGGGAAAAAUUUUGCAUUUGCUUAGACCGAUCUUCCGAUAAAGGGCCUGAAGCCCAUAAAAGCUCUAUUUAUUACCUGAUUUGGCUGAAAUUUGAAACCUUACGUAUUUUUAGGCCACCGGGCAUCCGACCCAAAUAUGGUGAAGAUCAAACUGUGUUUAGAUAUAGCUGUCAUAUAGACCAUAUAAAACUUCUCUCCAAAGAGGUGUCGCACUGCGUCACGGCCCCUUAUCAUUGAGCUUAAACUUGAAUUGGAAUGCACUCAUUGAUAGGUGAGAAGUUUGCCCCUGUUCCUUAGUGGAAUGUUCAUGGUUAAAAUUUGCAUUUGUCAUAUAGACCAAAGUGCUGAUUAAGGGUCUGAAGCUCAUAAAAGCUUUGUUUAUUACCCAAUUUUGUUGAAAUUUGAAAUAAAAAAUUCAACAGUGACUCCAUAUCCGUGUCGAAUUUCAAUGUAUAACUUAUCCAAUUUUCAUCGGAUUGUGACAAAAGGGGGUUUCCAUAUAUACCCGAGGUGGUGGGUAUCCAAAGUUCGGCCUGGCCGAACAUAAUGCCGUUUUACUUGUUUUUGCUCGUUUUAUCUCGUUUACCGAAAAAAAAUAUAUUUUACUUUCAUUUGGGCCAGCAGAAAAAGCUGUCAUAUGUAUUCUGCAUUCGAUAUUCUGCUCUAAUUCAAUACAAUGAGUAGCAGUACGACUUUGAUUUAAUUAGUCUUUCCUUACUUGACUUUCAUUGAAGGUAUUUCAAUAAAAUCAUAUUACUAUUCUUGUCCAUAUUUGUUAUUCCUCCAGUUGUGAAGAAAUGGUAAUAAACAAUAUCCGUUUCACAUUUCCUUUGUAGCCUCUUCAACAUAAUUUUGGCAUUCGUUUUAAACAUUUUCAGGAUAUAGUUCCUGUUAUUAUUUCAAAACUAAUAACGAACACAAACUUUUCAUCCAUGGGCUAGUAGAAGAUAUAAAACAAAAAGUCUUAAAUUAUUAACAAAAACAUAUCGUAACAUUAAAUAGAACUAAAAAGAAUUGCCAAAGUUUUUUUUUACUUAAAACAAAGGAGAAAAAAUACAAUAUUUAUAUUUGGAUUAUGUCUAUUGUACAAUUGCAACAAAAUAACUCAUAAUGCAUAAUGCCUUUUUGUAAUUGAAACUAAAUAAUUUCCAAAAUGUUCAUUUCUGUUUUAUAGGAAAUAAUUCAUAAUACUAAAUUUUACAUAAUAGUUUAUAUCAAAAAAAAAAAAAAAACACAAUUACAUUUGAAAUAAAAAAAAAACUUAUUUGCAAGCUCUUACUAAAAACAUUCCAUAUAUUUUGCUAUAAUUACACAACAAAAAUAUUGAAUGCACUUAGGAAGAAAAUGUUUUUCCAAUAUUGUGAACUUGUAAAUAAAUUGGAACACCGUAGAGAAAUGUCAGGGGAUGGUUGAGUAACUUUGUAAUUAUGGCAGAAUAUGUGAUUUUUCUUUUCUUUUCGAGACACUCUCUUACAUAGUAUGAUUUCAUUAUAAAUAUAAACUUACCAAAGCAAAUAAACUCACCAAUUGGAAUUCCCUUACUUAAAAAUAGUCACAACUUGCUCUCGAAUACAAAACAAUAGCUAAGACUUCCUUUUUCGCUAGAGAAUCAACCACUUAUUUACAUUUAUCAAAAAUUACGAUGCAAAAAUACCAAAAAAAACAAAAACUUGUAAAUUAAAUAAAACAUAGAAUAUAGCAUGUAUUUUAAUUAAUCUCGAAAUCAAAUCCGCCACUAAGAAAAAAAACCAACACGGAAAAUUUAUAAAACAAAAACCCAAUAAGAUGUGAAAAAAAAUACCUGUAUAUUAGUGUAUAAGUGUAUAUUCGUUCUUUUUUAAGCAUUAAGGUCAACUUGCCAUAUAAAACCACAAAGCGAAGCCCAAACAAAAACUCUUAAAAUUAAAGAACAUUUCUUCAUACACACAAAACACCGAACAUAAUUAUUUUAUUACUAUUCUGAUGAUACAUUUACAUACAAACAUAAAGAAAAGAAAAAAAAGAACAAAAACUCUACAAUUGAAAAUUGUGUAAAUAUUUGAGGUAAUAGCAUUAAAGAAAUGAUAACAAAGUAAUAUAUGCAUAUAUCAAAUCUAAUUAAGCAUACAAUUUAAUUAAUUAAUUAUUGAAUAAUGACAACACAACCAAACUAAAUGAGAAAAUUCAAUGUAUUACAAAAACAAAACCGAUGGAAGUCACUUAAAUCAAAAAUAAAAAUAAUAACGAUAAAAUUAAAACAAAAAUUUACUAAAUAAAUAUUUGUUUCAAGAAAAAAUGUCAA